GCUCACGUGAGCGCGCUCGUGCGCCCCGUUUCCACUCUCUCUCUCUCUCUCUCUCUCGCUUUUUUUAAGAGGCACCGCGAGCGCGAGACUGAGGCGCAGAACAAGGAGCGCGUGGCGCAGCGCACUGGGCUGACCCGGAGAUCGACGAUUUCCUGUCAGAUCUGCGCAGCGCGCGCUGGGGAACAUGCCGCGCGAGGACGAGUGACGGAGCGCUGGGAAGUAGGUCAUCCGCGCGCGUGCGCCGGCUGCGCGCACCAAGCCUCGCGCACAGCGCGAACGGGAAUAAACACCGGAGGAUACCCAUGUGCCGUGCACACAAAGAACAAAGUCUUCUUCUUCUCUCUCCCCCCUUCUUUCUCCGCGCCGUUACGCGCGAGCGCGUGAAGACACGCUGCUAUAUUCUCGCAGAGACAAAUCGUUAAAAGAUAUUCAGACGAAGUUUUUUUUUUAUUAUUAUUAUUAUUUGUUUAAAUUUUUUUCCAAGCAGGAACACGAGCCCUUUUCGGUGCUCAGGUUGUGUUACCGGAGGCGCGCGAGUUCGUCGGAUCCUAAACGGUGACCCGGCGGCGCGUGGAUGCAGGAGCAUGGAGCAGAGAGAGAGGGCGCCUGCAGCAGCGCCCAGGUAGGUGUGCCCAUGGUGGCGCGGAGCACUAACGUGGGCAUGGCCCCGGUGGAGGACAUGCAGGCGCUGUCAAUCACCACUCUCUCCGCCUCUGAGGUGGAGCAGCAGUACGAGCUGAUUGGUCCGUUAGGGAAGGGCACGUAUGGCCGAGUCGAUCUGGUGGCUCACCGCACACAGGGCACAAAACUGGCCCUAAAGUACGUCAGUAAGAACAAGACCAAGCUUCGGAGUUUCCUUCGUGAGUACAGUUUGACCGCAGCACUGGGUUGCAGUCCCUUCAUCAUCAAAGCUCUAGAUGUUCUGUUUGAGACUGAAGAGAGUUAUGUAUUUGGCCAGGAGUACGCACCUGCAGGAGACCUCUUCGACAUUAUACCUCCACAGGCUGGUUUGCCCGAGGACAUGGUCAAACGGUGUGUGCAGCAGCUCGGCUUGGCUUUGGACUUCAUGCACAGUAAAAGUCUGGUCCAUCGGGACGUGAAGCCAGAAAACGUGCUCCUGUUUGACCGCGAGUGCCGGCAUGUGAAGUUGGCCGACUUCGGAAUGACACGGAGGGCAGGCAGCCGCGUCAAACGAGUCAGCGGCACCAUCCCCUACACGGCAGCUGAGGUGUGCCAGGUCACGGGCUCAGAGGGCAUCGUAGUGGCAACGCCGCAGGACGUAUGGGCGUUUGGCGUGCUCCUGUUCUGCAUGCUGACUGGAAACUUCCCAUGGGAAGCAGCGCUGCCCAGUGACAACUUUUAUGCAGAGUUCCAGCGCUGGCAGCAUGGCGCGUGUCCCCCAGGCACCGUGCCCUCGCAAUGGCGCCGCUUCUCUGACGACGCCCUGCGCAUGUUCAGCCGGCUCCUAGCGGCCGAGCCCGAGCGCCGCUGCGGCGUUAAAGAGGUUUUUUACUUCCUAAAAUAUGACCUACUCAACCAUCAUCGCCGACGAGCUUCCUGUAGAGCCUCUAGAGCCGCACGAGGCUCCGCCCAUAAACACGGAGAACACGCCUCCGCUCCGGGCACUUCCUGUCUUCGACCCACGCCUCUUAAACGUAGCAUCCUGUCAGAGCCGCACUCGUCGAGGGAGGAGCUUUCAAAAAGCCCCUCCCCCAAUCGGCAGGACAAGAGUAAAAUGGUAAUGGCCACGCCCAUCGAGAUCUGCGUAUGAAAGCGCACACCUACUUCCGUAUUCAUAAGAUAGAUAUUAUAGGAAAUAUAGGAAAUAGGAAAGGCGAUACAGGUUGGAAAGGAAUUUGGGUCAGUCGUGUAACUGUAGCUGAAGAUCCAAAACUCCGUUAGAAUCCACUAUUAACGACUGUUUAUAUUUCGAUAUUUAUUCAAAGCGAAUUCAGCUCUUGAUUAGUGGAUCUUUGGAAAGAAUUUACUGAGUUCUAGCAAGAAUCCUAGAAGCACAUCCUAAUUAUGACCUUCACAAUGUCCUAUGCUUCCUCUUUAGUAUGAGCGAACUGUUGAUAAGAGAUACGACUUUGAGGUCAGGUAGCUUUAUUACAGCCUGUAGGUCAGUCCGUCCAUUUCAGAGGACUUCUUCUUGUCGUUCUUCUUCCUUAAUCCGCGAUCAAACGAUGAGAACUCCACCCACAGACGAACUCUGAGGUUUUUUUCUGAGGUGGCCCUCCUUUCUCUGUCAUGUGACUCAACAUACUAGCCUAUCAGGGGGCGGAUUACCUCGGAGACUUAUGACUGAUAUGCAUUUCUACAAACAGACCGUAAACAAUACGGCCACUUCCCAUAUAUGGACAUUGUAGGUACACAGGAUAUGACAUCAUUCUCCUUAUGUGGGGGAAAAAAAUGAAGUAUCUGUAGAUGACAGGGAUUCUUUAUUAUAUAUGUAAGUGUGUGAAUGUGUUUGGUUGUGUUUAAUAGUCCUGUCUACAGUAAGCACAAGGGGUUUUUUUUACAGCUUGUUUAAGAAACUUUAAGGACUGUUGUUGAGAGGGUUAACUGGAACAAACGUUCAUUCUGUGGUCAGAUAGUGCCAUUAUGUAGCUUUUUCUUUCCUUUUUUUUUUUUUUUUUAAAAAUUGUAAGAAACUUUACUAGCGAAUAUCCUGCACAGAAGCAAGUCGUAGUAGCCUGAAGAUUAGUACCUGUUUGCAGAGGAUGUCUGGAGGUCUGAUACGUUUAGUAUUUUUUUAUAUUUGGGUCAAAUAAGAUAGCGUUAAGGGGUUUCUUUCCAACUUUUGAAGCAAAAAUAAUACAGUAGAGCACGGUAGUUCGUGUAGCACGGGGAUAACAGCUGCGAGGGAAUAGCAACAUUUGAGUUCAGAAGGUGGAGGAUGAUGAAAAAAGAAAGGAAGAAUGAAAAAAUCUGGGGAUGGGUUAUGUUAUGGGGGUUUGGUGCUUGAUGCACCCCAAAAAACGAUAAAGUAUUAAACUGUGUAGCAGGCGGUAUGAGGGGUGUAUGUGUUCUAGAAGAAUUGGUCUUUGCUAAUUGCAUCAUGUUGAAUAAAAUGAAAUGAAUGGGACAAACUGAACUGUGGACACUUUUGUGGCAGGACGUAAGCGUGUAUAUUGUUUAAUCGUGAGCCAACCAAGAUUUGUCCACAGACAUGUUGAGAAUAUAAUCCAUACUCAAAAAAUGGCAACGAAAGCGCUAGCACUAGGAAAACUGGAAAACAACCGGCAAGAAACAAUGCUCAGAAAUGCACGACAUGAUUGGCAAGACUUUGCAAAGACGAAUGGAGAAAAAAAGGGCUAAAUAACGAAACUAAUUAAAGGCUGAACACGGAACAGGUGCACACGUUAGGGAAACAAACCAACCAAGGGCGUAACCAUGGUAUGGACAUUGGGGUGGGGGGUCCAACGAACUCGGCGGGAGGAUAUGCAAGUGAAUGUAACGUUAAUGGUCAAAAACUGGAACUGACGUUAGCCUAGCCUACUUCGUGGGUGUGCAAAUAUCAAAAGUUAAUCGACGUUCUUAAGAACAAACCAAGCCAUGGUAUGAUGCCUUCUAUACUAAGCUAAGGUUACCUACUAUUUAGGGAUCUAGUUACUGACUGUCUGAAAAAAAGCUCGUGUGCUCUGCUGCACUUUUCUACGCUUGGCUGCGGUCUCCAUUUCUUACAGAAUGAGCUGCUAAAAUGUAUCGACGCACUUGCGUUGAGUAUGGGCGCAACCAAGUGUACAAUUGGAGGGGACACACACACACCGAUUGUCCUUAAAAAGGAAUAGACAUAAAUAAAUAGAAUAGAUGAAGAAAAGACAGAUCCGUUGGCAGGGUUCACUAAAGGGGGACAUAUAAAAAAUAUUUUGAACUGUAUAUUGGCGGAGACAGAUUGGUAUUUCCUCAACAUUGGGGGGGACACGACCCCCCCCCCCCAAAGAAUGCGUGGUUACGCCCAUGAAAACAACGAUAAGAGAUGGGAAUGUUUAGGCUUGGAACAAAAACUAAACUAAGCAGCACAUUUUGUUUUAAAGCUAGCUAUUAGGGAAAAGAAAAGGUAAAGUAAUGUAAAGGUAAGAGACAUUUGAAACACAGAGAAGGUGCACAUUUCAGAUAAAUAACAUUAAUAAAACCGACAAAAUCUACAACACUUUGUAGCAUAAACAACAUUUCUGCCUAUCUUAGCCCACAAGAACUGCACUUUACCUCGAAAUAUAAUCAUUAAAGCACUUUUUUUGCAUUUUUAACACCCCACGCUUUAACAUCCUUUUCCACAGGUCAUCCAUUAUAGGUCAUUGGACUAAAACUGUACAUUUGACUUUUUAGACAUUCACUCAACCCUGUUACCUGAACAUACUCAUCCCUAUGAAAUAUUUCCAGAUCAAGUCCCAUGUUCAACCCAAAUUUCCUAACCAUCACGUGAAGAAGAAAAGUAACUCGUUUCUUUAUUUCCAAAGGCGUUGUGCGACUGUGAGUGCUGACGUCUCUUUGAAGCUCACUGUUCCACAGGUUAAAGCUCGAAAGAAUAUUUUUCAUCGAAAAAAAGACCGAUUUUGAGUAAAUCAUUAGAAUGUGCUCAUCCCAUUAGCAUGGGUGCUAAUGAGGCAUAUUUAGUGUAUGUGGUUAGUGUAAUUCUAUGCGAAUACAAGCAAGCUUGAAAAUACGGUCAUUAUCAGCAAAGAUAGCUUAUAAAAAAUGAUAUUGUUGCCUGAGAAGGUUUAACAUGCUUUUCUGUUGUUGUUGUUGUUGUUGUUGUUUAAAUUGAUACAAAUGUAGCAUUUCAGCUACGAAUGAUAAAAAAAAAAAGAAUUUAAAUGUGAUUUCAUGCCUGCAAGUCCCUUGGCCUUUAUCCCAAUCACAGCAGA